AUGACCGACACUUAUGUUUGCUCUACCCAAAGAGGAGAGGAGCCGACAUUGGCCGCCUUGCCCUCCUCCCAGCCCAAUGUACCAUCCAUCGUGGUAGGGUAUCAAGCCGUCAUUCCAAGAUGGAGCGGCUCGCCAAACAAUCCAACCAUAUUACGGUGGUAUCUCAAUGCCUCUACAUUUCCUGAUGAAGAAGAAGCCAACUUUGCAGCUGUGGCCUUGAAUCAGGCCGCCAGAGAGUGGAACAACGUCAACUUUGGGGUCGCUGUUCAACAAACUACCAACAAAAACGAAGCAAAUUUUAAUCUCAUCUUCAAGAAAAAAAGCCACAUUGAAGGACUCCUUGCCUAUGCCUUCUUUCCGGGACAGAAGCCCAUGAAUAUUGUGGUAAUGGCAUUUGGAAUGGAUUUACCACAUAGAUUGCAGUUGAAGAACACCUUUCUACAUGAACUCGGCCAUGUUUUUGGCCUUCGCCAUGAGUUCGCUAUAGAAAAGGAACAAAAGGGCGCUCAGUUGUGGAGUGUUCCUAACGAAGACUCAGUUAUGGCAUAUAAACCAGCCCCGCAGAUUCAGGAAUCAGAUAUGACAGGUAUUCGAACGUUUUAUGGGUUGCAAAACGGGCAUCUAAUCGGUAAUGCUCCGGUAACAUACUACAUGCCAGAGCUGGUGAAUAAUUCAUAG